AUGGGUGCGCAGGUGAGCUAUGGACAACUUGGUCUUGGUCAUAAAGAGGAUGUGCUGGUUCCUCAGGCUCUGAAAGAUGUUUCCUGCCAAUGUCAAGACAUUGUAAGCAUUGCUGGAGGAGGGGGACAUUCUGCAGUUAUCACUGGAUGUGGGCGUGGGAGGGAGGAGUCAGAAAGUUAUUUAGUCUUCAAUAUUCAAGUGUUAAGGUACAGAACAAUUCUUUCUGUAUGUGGCCACAACAAAGAUGGGCAGUUGGGAUUGAAUCACACAGAGGAUGUGCUGCAUUUUACUUUGUGCACUGCCCUGUCUGGCUUUUGUGUAAAACAAGUUGCAUGUGGCUGGGAUUUUACAGUCAUAUUAGUAGGAUCUGGCCUAGUGCUGUCCUGUGGGUCAAACUCUUUUGGACAGCUGGAACUUCCUCAAAUUUCAGGCCCAUGCUUGAUUUCACAAAAGAUUGAGUCUCUCAAAGAGAAGGUGAUGAAUGUUACUGCUGGGCUGAGACAUGCCCUUGCUGCUACAGACAGCGGUUUGGUGCUGCAAUGGAGAAAUGGGAUGGCAUCUUGGGCAAAGCAUGCAAGCCAAGGAAAAGCCCUCCUUCUGUUCUUGACAGCAAAGGAGUCCUGUGAAGUGGCAGGCCUGGAAGAUAUAAAGGUGAAGACAGUUGCUGCAGGCUCCUAUCAUUCAGUGUCCCUCACAGAUGAAGGGCACCUGUAUGUCUGGGGCAGCAACAAACACGGGCAGCUGGUGAGCAGAGACAUCUUUCUUGCUGAGCCCAAGAAGAUUGACACUCAGUGUUUCUCACAUGAAAAGAUUAGAGCAGUUUGGAGUGGCUGGACCCACCUGGUGGCACGGACAGGUCGGAUAUUUAAAAAGCGGAAAGCAGAGGUAAGAAGGAUGUUUAUGAAAGUUAUCCAUACAGGAGAAUGGUGUCAGUCCUGCAGCAGUGCACUUGGAAUAAUAACCCUUGGAGAGAAGGAAGCUGGCAAGGUGUUCACCUGGGACAGAGUGGACAACAGGCAGCUUGGAAGGCACAUGGUGGUUUCCAGUGAGCAACAGAGCACAGCAUCUGAACAAUGCUUGGAGCUGUUGUGUAACAUGCCUGUUUCGGUUCCUUGCCUAAAUGGAGCAUCUUAGAUUGCAUGUGGCUCAGAGCAUAAUCUGGCAAUAGUUGGUGGUCUGCACUUCUCUUGGGGAUGGAAUGAACAUGGAAUGUGUGGUGAUGGCACAGAAACAAACAUUUGUGUCCCAAAGCCAGUCAAAGCUCUUGGCUGUACAAAACAGAUCUUAACUGGAUGUGGGGCAGGACGAUCCAUGGCCCUCUCAAACCCCUCAUUAGACCCAGCACACCUGGAAUCACAACAUCAUGGAUGUGGAUGGACAUCUUUGGAAUGUGUAACUCAGAAGUGCUACAGGAGCGUCAUUAGAGGACACAAAGAGAAAUUAUACUCACACUCUAACUCUAAGGCAAAAGAAAGCUAACUUUAUUAUGGUUACUUAGCUUAUAUAGAUUCUGGAAAAUGACCAGGGGUUGGAGAACAAAGUUACUACCUCUCCAUCCCACUGGCUAGGCUAGAAGUCAAUCAGUUGUCCCUCAUCAGAGAGGAAUGUGAAAAACAACUCUUGUUUAUGUUACAAGCGUGAGAAGACUUAACUACACAAUGUAAACAUUCACAGAAGGCUAAUAGAAUGUGGCAACACAGGAGAACGGCUCGUGAUUAACCCAGUAGCUGGAAAUUGCAAAUAUUUUCCCUAAAUCCAAAAGGAACAACUAUGCAUAAAAAGCUGCAAUAUUUUAAAAGCUGUUUCCUGGGUUCUUGCCACAGGAAUUGACUUUAUUGCCCACAGACAGAAUUCUGCCUUGAUGCAAUGCAACUGAAGACAGAUUUACAUUAUCUUGUUCUUCUGAGAAGUCUUUGAGGAAGAAACUGACUGCUUAAUUGCUUAUUGGUGUAUGAAUUCAGUCUGAAGAAAUGGUCUGAGAAGGUGGUUUUUGUUAUUGUAUCUUUACAUCAUGAUAUGUUGCACCUGCCAACUUCUACUGAGGUUGUGAGCUCCCAGGAGCUCAGAAAAUUGUCAGAGAGAAGUGCCAGUGAACAUGACUGGACGCAUACACAUAUUUUAAGCAGAAGAUUAAGAUUAAAAGAAAAAAAAAAAUUAGAAGGCUGGCAAAAGGGGAAAAUGAGACACUUUUGAGCUAACUUUGUCUUGAUUAAACUGUGAAAGGAGCAGAAUUUUUCAUGGAUUAUAUUCUGUGCCACACAUCAAUUUAUUAUAGAUUUACAGGGAUGCAGAUCUGCAUGAAUUAUCACUAACUUGUAAACAAACCUGAAGCUUUUGAAGCUACUGCUUAGGGAAGGAAAGCUCCUUAGAGCUCUUAGAAACAAUCAGAAAGUUCUUAUCAAAGAGCGUUAAGUCAAUUGUAGCUGUUGAGGGCAGCUUGAUCUGAUGUAGCUCCUGUGUUUCCAUCUGCCUUGGAACAAGAAGACUUCAAAAUAUAACCAGAAAGAUUUUACUAGUUCUCCAGCCUACAAGGCAGACCAGAAUGCUCCUGAUUAUUUCAGGUUAGUUCUCAAUUCUGUUUUGCAUCCCAACUGAGUUGCUGUUCACAGCAUGCCCAUAGUACUUGUUCCAGGUGGGGGCUUGACAGAGAACAUAGGCCUAUCACUUGUUUUGGUAGGAGAAAGGAAAAAGUGUAAAAUGAGGUGUCUUUGGAUAUUAUUAGCUGCCUACAUUGAGCAAAAUUUUGGAAGAUAUUUAUAAAACUGUUUUUUUCCAUACAAAUACAGUGGAUGCCAUUAAACUAGAUGUUUACCACCCACAAUACUUGUAUUUGCUGUGGUAUUCAAUGUGUUUCAAGUUCUAAAUAUAGAGAAUUCUACUGUGUAGUAAAUGCACCUUUUAAUGAGACCUACUGUUGCUAAACGGUGGUUUAAUUUUUAAAGCAGGAUUGCCAAGGAAGAAGCCCUACAGAAUUACAAAAUGCUCAGAGAAAGGCUCUUAAGGAAAUAGGACAGGAAGACUUUCUAAUGAUGUAUCAGCCUACACAUGAAGGGGAAGGAAUUAAGGUGAUAAUAUGGGCUGCAUGGGUUUUUUCACCCUUGGUUUUACAGCAGUUAUAGUUCUUGGCUUCACUUUCAAGAGUAUUUUAUUUUUCUAUUCAAUGGAUGAGAAACUUGAGCAGACUAUGAAGCUGAUUUUAACUAUUGCAGAUACCAAAAGAAUAAUCAAAUGGGUCUUCUGCAAAAUAUGUAGAAUUAAGAUUUCUAUUGCAAAAUGUUGUUGGUUUUUUUUUAAUCCAUGUGUUAGUUGUGGUUCUUCAUGGCAGUAUACUGUUGCAGGCUGUGACCUCUUGCACUUUUAACUAUCUAGGUUGAUUUUUAUUGACUGUUCUCAAUGCCACUUUCUGGAUACCAAAGCUUCUCUAUUAUAUGCACUGAACACUUUCUCAUGCUUUCUUUGACAGCCCUGUCUGAGGUUUCUAUUUGUGAUUUCUGCAAAAUCUGUGUACCAAAUAAACAUGUUCUCUUGCUUCAGUAAUCAUCUCCUCUAAAUAAGUCUGUUCCUUGAUUAAUCAUAGCCAAUAUGUGCCUUACGUGAGGUUUACUGGACUGGAACAUGUUUUGACUGUGUUGCUGCAGUUCAUUGCAGAGGAGUCCAACA